AUGCCGUCGCUGUCGCUGCCCCAGUUCGACGCACGUCGCGUGCGCUCAUAUCUCUUUCGUCUGCCCUUGUGCACGCGUGCGCUUCUUGUCGUUAUAGUCGCUUUCUGGAUCGCCAGUCUUAGGCUGUCCUGGUUCCAACAAUGGGCCGCUUUAAUACCUGCUGAGAUGAAUUUACAAUCAAUGUACCGAUUGAAUACGUUUCCCCUGCUUCAUGUUGGCUUCAUCCACAUGAUCGUCAACAUCUUCGCCUUGACUCCCCUUUUGGAACGCUUCGAGGCCGAAAAUGGUUCCCUUCCGACUCUGCUCCUCUUCACAGGCCCAUUCGGCCUUCUUCCUGGAGGAAGCUAUACCUUGAUUGAGAAGUUCAUCUUCCACGCCAACACCGCUGUCCAGGGCGCAAGCGUCUGGGUCUUCCUUCUCCUGGCUUCCGAGUCCAUCAAGACGUUCAAGCAAAACCCGAACUUUGCUCUUGGUCCUUACAACAUCCCUACCUGGACCAUUCCCUUGAUCCUCAACCUCUUUGUAGCCGUUCUGGUCCCCAAUACCAGCUUCCUUGGACACCUGUGUGGUCUCGCUGUUGGUUACCUGUGGGGCCUGGGCUAUGUCAAGUUCCUGGUGCCCAACGAGAAGAUCCUGAGAUGGAUCGAGGGCAAGCUUAACCUGCUUGGUCGCCUGCCUCACUACGUCUCGGUUGACCAAAAGACAUACGGAAGAUAUGGUGUGCUCCCUACAACAGCAACGCCC